UAAUUGGAGGGUUCGGCCGCCAGAGGGUGGCGUUUCCAAAACAAGUGCCAAACACCGGACGCCAUUUUAUCUAAAAGCGGAUAUCGUGAAUAGUAAACGCGGUUUAUCCCGAACCCAGUCCCUUUCGAGCUGUUGCGAAGUCUUCAAGGCGCUGCUGAGACCCUGCUGCAAACACCAGGACUGCGAUGGACCACGACCAUUCCCCCAGACGAGACAGUUCCCCGAGGAACCACAAGGAGCGGAGCUACUCCCGGAGCCCGAGUAGGAGCCGCGGGCGUGACCGGGAGCGACGUCGGGACGACCGCGACCGUGACUAUGGCAGCAGAGACCGCAGGGACAGGUCAGUAAUACCGGAAUCGUAUGAGCUGUGGUUCCAGGCGGGUUCUUUCAGCCGUAGGCGACACACUGGCACCAGAGACAACCCGAAACCGAGCAACUGCCUGGGGGUGUUCGGCCUGAGCGUCUACACCACUGAGGACGAGAUUUACCACAUUUUCAGCAAGUACGGGGCAGUGGCACGUGUGCAGGUCGUUAUCGACGCCAAGACGGGAAGAUCGCGGGGAUUCGCCUUCGUCUAUUUCGAGGACACUGACGAGGCCAAGGUGGCCAAGCAACAGUGCACUGGCAUGAAAAUCAACGACAAGACCAUCCGAGUGGACUUUUCCAUUACAGAGAGGGCGCACACGCCCACACCCGGCAUCUACAUGGGGAAGCCCACUUACAAAUACGACAAGUACAAGAGCAGGGGACGUCGCGAUAGGGAUGAUGACUACUACGGAAGCUCCCGCAGCCGCCGCUCCCCGUCGCCCUACCACAGCCGCAGCCGCAGGAGAUACCGCUCACGCAGCUACUCCCCACGUCGAUUUUAACUUUGACGACGUUCGGUGCUUUCGGAUGGUUUGAGACGCGGAUCUUAACUCAGUUUCUCUUUAACCGACUGUCUCCCCACACGUGUGGAGCCUCAGUUCAGUUUGAUUCAAUUCAAUCACUAAAGCCCCCCUUUUUCCCCAUUGCUACAUAUAUAUAUUACACAGACGCAUAUUGACACGUGAAUGUACAUCCCCAAUGUGAGCGUAGAUGUUAAGUUAGCUUUAGCCAGUAAUAAAGGUGCAGCUGCCAGGAUUUCACUAAUCUUGAUUUUCUGUAUUUUUAAAAAGGGUUGAGAACAAGAGCGUUCGGAUGAAAAAUUGAAGUUUAUGUUGAGCAAAUGCAAUGAAAACAAUAAAUCAAAAGUCCUUGCGAAGCCUCUCUCUCGUCUCUAUGAAAAAUUCCGAACAAUCAAGAAUUCGCUUUUGAAGAAUCAGACAAUUGUUUAGCCAAACGAAAAGAAACAGAUUUGUUCACACGUCAGGAUUCUCUCGAUUCCUCUCGAUCAUCCCCCUCUACCCCCAUCACUGUUGCUCUCUCUCAAAUCUAAUCGUCUCGCCCCCAAAUUUAUCCGCCAAAACCUCCAAUCAACCAAAUCACCAACACGGCGGCGCCCAUCCCGAACAUUCUUCUCUUUUGUCCGCUUCCCACCAAAGAAAAUCCGAUUUUGGUGAGUAUUUUAGUUGUAAAGUUCACAUUGUUGGAAUAUACAGUCGAUUGUAAUUGUAAGCUAAUAUACUGUUUGUGAAAUUAUGGGACAAA